GUCAGAAAGUUAACUUGACUUAAGUCUGGACACAGGUAGCGAGCAGCCAACCGUGGAUCAGAGCUGACAAUUCUUCUUCUGGCCAAAGAGGUACAGCAUGUCCGAAAUGCUUGACGACAUCUUCACGAAGAACUUUCUGAACCUGGCCCUGGAUGAUGCCUUACUCCCGACACAGCCUCAAAUCAAAGUCCCAGGGCAGAGUCGGCUGAACCGGUCAGCCUCCUUCUUCUCCCCCUCCCCUCCCGAAUCCUCAAGCCACAGCUUGAGCACCGAGCAUGUUAACAGUGACGACAAUGGCAGCCCUUUCUGGUCAUCCAAUAUCUGGAGCCAGGCGCCCGUCUCCAAACUGAAACAGCUCCCCUUCAGGCCCGACCGCUCCAUGAGCCUGACCGAGUCCAGCAGCAGCCUGCUCUCCUCCUUCGCACAGCUGAAGAACCUGGAGGCUUUUCCUUCUGUCCCUGCUACCACUGUGGCUCCCCCGCCAGGCUUCCCUCCCUCAUCUACCUUCGCGGCCCAGGUCCCACCGGUGCUGUCCUCUAACCGUUAUAAGACUGAGCUGUGCCGUGGUUUCCAGGAGACCGGAAGCUGCAAGUAUGGCACUAAGUGCCAGUUUGCCCACGGCGAGGCAGAGCUGAGAGGACUGUAUCGCCACCCCAAGUACAAGACAGAGCCCUGCAGAACCUUCUACAACUUUGGCUACUGCCCCUACGGUUCACGCUGCCACUUCAUCCAUGAGGAGAAAAUCAGCGGAGGUCCUUUACCAUCUGCCAAGUUCCCUAAUCAGCGGCAGCCAACUCCCACAGCUCCCAGCGGCCAGAAUCCACGCCACCAGCUCCGCCAGAGUGUCAGCUUUGCUGGGUUCCUGGGCUCUUCACGCAGCUCAUCUCCUCCAUCAUUCCCAUCAUCCCUCAAUGAUCCUAACCUGGGGUUCAGCCGUGCUCCCUCAGUUUCUCCACCCCCCGCUGAUCUCCUCUCCCCAGUGUUUGCUGACUCCCUGCAGCGGGAGGCAGCAGCAUUCCAGUUUGGCAACCAUCAGACCCGUGCCAGCACUGGAGACAUCCACAACAUUCCUCUCAUCCUGGAGCCAAAGGCUUCCCGCUGUGUGUGUGGCCAUGGAAAUAACUUUAACAGCAACAACAGCAGAGUCUUCACCAGCAUGGAGGAGGAUGGGCACCACCAGGACAGCAGCAUGCUGUUUCCUGGUACCGGAGGCCACGAAGCAUUCAUGAAGCCUGCUGGACUCCAGCGUUUCUCGUCUGAGGACUCGCUGGAGGACAGCUACAGCAGCUCCAGCGGAGGUUCCAGUGGAACCGAGUCUCCAACGUUCGAUGGAUCGGCAACCAAGAGGCUCACUGUGUUUGAACGUCUGUCCCUGUCUGACUAAGUGGAUCCAAAGGGAAAGAACAGAAGAGAACUGACACUUAGUUAACUGUGUCUGUCUGUCUGGACUUACUUCAGAACCAGAACUUAUCAGGACAAGUCCGCUUUAGAUGACACAGUAACACUUAAAAGUUCUUAAUUUAUCUUUGUAAAAAUGGAACUUGUCUUGGAAAAACUACACAUGCUGAGAUUAGUACUCAAAUGUUAUCAGACUCUAUUUUUAUACUUAAUAAUGUGUAGCCUAUUAGACCUUUGUAUGUGGUCUUCCAUAAGAGCUAACUCCUCUGCAGGUCUUGACAGUACCAGCAAGUAGUCUGGUUUGUAGUUACCUUCAAUUGUUAGUGAUAAUCAUUAAUUCCAGUGCCUUAAAGAUUCAUAGGCUAUUCACUCUCAGUGCUACGAACAGUAUGUUUGAUUCAUAAGCCUUAAUCAGUGAGACCUGACAUGUGUCAUUGAUCCCAUUUUAUCUGUGAUAUGCACUUUACAGCUAAUUCAAGAGGGAGAAACUGUCAAAUCUCCCAGUAGCAUUCAGCCAAAGCUUCAUACUUCACUCUGCUCUGUGUGUGUGUGUGUGUGUGUGUGUGUGUGUGUGUGUGUGUGUGUGUGUGUGUGUGUGUGUGUGUGUGUAUGUAUGUAUGUGUGUCUGUAUAUAUGCACGUGUGGGUGUAUGUGUGUAACCUUGUCAUUGGAGAUCUGGGGUGCAAGCACAAAUAAGUUUCAGAAUGCUGAAAGAUCAAAGUGUGCUAAUAGAAAAAUGUACGUCAGUGAGUUUAGACCUUAAUAUCUGUAUCCUGACACAUGUUAUCAGAUUUGAUUCUGCAAAACAUUCUGCAUGCUAAUUUGUAAGUUACACCCCAUCUUUUAUUGUCCCAUGUUUGUUUGACAACCUGGUUCAGGGACUUUAACACCACAGUAUUCCUUUUGGUUAUUGGUUGCCUAGUGUUGUUUAACUUAAACUAAUAUAUUUAUUAUGAUAUUUAUUUGUGUUAAACGAAAAAAAGGUGUAUUUUGUACUUUAUUUAUGGAGAAAUAUUUCAAGGUCUGUGAAAUACCAAUGUGAGAAAAAGCAGUAAAAAAGAGAAUCUUAUAUUUUUAAUUGCCUGAAAGGGACAAAAUAGAUUUCUGAAUAAAGAAAUGAAUGUAUGCUUUUC